AAGAGGUGUGUUCAAAAACCCACCGCACACAAGCCCUUCCCGCUUCCUCACUUUUGGAAUUGGGUCUCUCCUGAAGCUCUCUACGGUUUCUGGAAAAGAGAAAAAAUUAGGAUGACAGAUCUGGAGGAUCCGCUUGAAGGAUACAGGGGAUUGUCUCUCUUCUCUCGAACAUUCGCUUCUCUUCCUAAUCCUCCUCAGCCCCACCAUCCCGACGAUCCUCACUCCAUCCAUAAUUUCCUCAAAUCCCUGUUAUUAAUUUCAUGUGUGUUUAACUUUCAGCCUGUACAAAAUCCUGGUAAGCUUAUGGAGCAGGCAAAAACUAUUUUAGAUAGUACUAGAGAAGUUGAAAAUGCAAAAAUGACCAGUGAUGAAGGAUUAGAGGACAAAAAUGAUGUAGUUGCUGAACAUCCCAGGGGACAAAGGCCAGGUUUAGGUCGUAAACGUCCUCGAUUUUCUUUGCUUCCUAAUAUAAGUCAACCUACAGUGAAUUUGGAGCCAACUUUGGACUUUGAUAAAUUGAAAGACCCGGAGGAAUUUUUCUUGGCCUAUGAAAGGCUUGAAAAUGCUAAAAAAGAAAUAGCCAAACAGACAGGCCAAGCUUUUAGAGAUUCUGAUCAGUAUAAUGUAUUCAUGGUCCCACGAUCUCAACGACCUGGAAUUCCAGGGAGAUCUAAGACGGCAAAAUACAAACAUCUCUAUCCAACCAUGCCCUCCCAAGAAACCUUUGAAGCAGAAAUUUUCUCUAAUUGUGGUCCACAACAAGAAAAUGCACAUCCAAAUAUUGCAUAUUAUCAAAGAGAACUUGCAAAUGCAGCAUCACAACAAUUGGAACCAACAAAUGAUGCAUCACAACAAACAGAAUCUGCAAGUGUUGCAUUGGAAGAAAUGGAACUAGUUGAUAAGGCUGAGAACACGAAAAAUAAACUUCUGGAUGAAUUGCUUGCUCAUGAUUAUGAAGAUCUAGAAGGGGAUGGGGCAAUGAAUAUAUUGCAGGACCGCUUGCAGAUAAAACCUCUUCACAUAGAGAAAUUAAACCUUCCUGAGAUGCAGGAUAUUCAAAGGAUCAAUUUUAAGGCAUCUGGAGUAAGCCGGUCAAAGCAUAGGAAUGUAUUAUCAGACAUACACAACUUGUUGAAAGGAACAAGAGAUAUUACUCCAAUGAAGCCACAGACUAUAGAAAGUUCUUUUCCUAGUUUUGGGUCACCCACUCCACCAAGAAGUCCACUGGCUUUCUUGUCAUUAUUGAAUAGACGUAUAUUUCAGUCAAAUCUAUCAAAUGAUCCAUUUUCAACAGUUCAUAUUGAUCACCCAUCAGAAAGAAAUGCUUCUCCUGCUGAAAACAUUGAUAAACAUUCUGAUCCAGUUGAUGCGGAGAAGACUUUGCACAUUUCUGGUGAAUUGAACUCUCUAACAAAUGAGAAAGAUGAUGGUCCAAUUGUUGAUAGGAGUUCAACUGUGGAAACUGGAGAUUUUACCAGUUUAUUUGAGAAACAUUUGAAUGAAAAUUCUCCUACAGUUGCCCCUGGCAGUGAGAUGGGCCCUACAGAAUCCAGCUUUGAGUUGGAGAAUAAUAAUGUUGGUAUGGAUAAUGAAGUCAUAAAUGAGAGCUUAAGUCAGGCUGAUGCUGCUUUAGAUCUUCAGGCAUGUAGACCCAAUGAACUGGAGGAUGUGGUGGAAGAUGUGAUGAAGGAAUCAGUGACUUCUGGACAGCUUGAUAAAAAAACAGAUGACUUUCCUGUGGAAACAUCAAACAGCAUUCACAAUAAGUUUGCGGAUGAAUGUACUGACAUUCAAGAUGAUGCUCUAGAGCAAAUCCAAGAGUCUAUUCAAGAACAGCAGAAUGAGAAGCAAAGCACAGCAAAAUUACAUCCGCACAAAGGAAAACAUAAUAAGGCCCACUCCAGAAGGCAAGAUCUUGCAGAACAUGCAAUGGAUGGGAGCACUGAAUGCCAGGGCAUAACUGCUGAUCAAAUCCAAGAUUCUGCUCAAGAACAAACCCAAGCUUCUCCAGAACAGCACAGUAAGCUAUUGUCUUUUGUGCAGCAGAAGGAAAUCAAAUCAAAGCCGCAUACAAGCAAAAAACAUAAGAGUAAAAUUAUCUCUAAGAGGCAAAGCCUUGCAGGUUGUGGGAUGUCAUGGGAAACUGGAGUAAGGAGAAGCACCAGGAUCAGGUCAAGACCCUUGGAGUAUUGGAAAGGGGAAAGAUUUUUAUAUGGGCGCAUUCAUACCAGUUUGGCAACUAUAAUAGGGAUAAAAUACGAGUCUCCCCAAAAAGAUAAUGGAAAAACCACCAUGAAGGUGAAAUCUUUCGUCUCUGAUGAAUACAAGGAUUUGGUUGAACAAGCUGCUCUGUAUUGAGAUGAUUACUAACUAUUGUUGUGGUUAUGGACUAAGUGGACUGUGUAUGUGCAAUGACCGAGUGUCCUUUCAAUGAACUCAGCUACAUUUCCCAGUAGCAAUCUGAAUCUGUUGCAACUCCCUCCUCCGUAUCCAUGAUGUGGGUGUCAAGGUUGUUUCUUUGACACAUAUCUUGUUAUUUGUAUGCACUAACAAAAAGUUUCAUUUCACAGACCCAUCCUAAAGCAGCAAAGCUGAUCAAAGAUUUAUGAUGUCUAAUAUGUUCAUAUGUAAAGUUGUUGCAUGUGAAAUAAUUGCGAGUUCAUUAUAUUUGCUAUUGUUAUUUUGGUCAUUAUCACUGUUA